AUGGGAUUGACCUUUGCCUGCGGCUGGUUCCUACUCCUUCGCCAGAAUUGUUUAUUGGUAGCAAACUUCGAGCUUGUGUUUUUGAAGAACAUGCUGCUGUUGCUGUUUUCUUUGAUAGAUGCAAUCUCAGAGAUGAAAGUAGGCUACAAGAGAGAUGAAAUUGGAUUAAUACCCUGCCCUGAAGCCAGGUAUAACCGGAGCCCUAUUGUCCUGGUAGAAAACAAGCUUGGUGUGGAGAGCUGGUGUGUCAAGUUUCUCUUGCCAUAUGUCCACAAUAAACUUCUCCUCUACAGACAAAGAAAGCAAUGGCUGAACAAAGAUGAACUCAUAGAUAUCACGUGUACCCUGCUGCUACCCGACUUCACCACUGCUUGGAACGUGAGGAAAGAAUUAAUACUGUCUGGCACUUUAAAUCCACUUAAAGAUUUGCAUCUUGGAAAACUGGCGUUAACCAAGUUUCCAAAGAGUCCAGAAACAUGGAUUCAUAGACGAUGGGUGCUGCAACAACUAAUUCAGGAAAACUCCUUGCCCAGCCUUGUGACUAAAGGAAACUUGGGAGCAGCACCUGUGGAAAGAAUUCACCGACUAGUGCAGGAGGAAAUGAAUGUCUGCUCUGAAGCUGCUGGGAGAUAUCCAAGCAACUACAAUGCCUGGUCCCAUCGCAUCUGGGUUUUACAGCAUUUGGGAAAGCUGACUGUCAAGGUUCUCCUUGAUGAACUGUCAUCCACUAAAUAUUGGGUAUCCAUGCAUGUCUCAGACCAUAGUGGAUUUCAUUACCGCCAGUUCUUACUCAAGUCCUUGAUAGGCAGAACUGUGACUGACAAUAAUGUACUGGUACAAAAUCAAAUGGUAAAUGAGCAAAACCCUAGCCUUCAAAAGGAGGAGAGUGCAGGGGCAGAAGCUGCCUGUGUGGAGGAGCAGAGCGUGGAUCUCCCCCGCCGUUUAGAGGAAGAGUUGGAGCUCUGCACUGAACUGAUUGACACUUACCCAGGGCAUGAAACAUUGUGGUGUCAUAGAAGGCGUGUGUUCUACCUUCAGCACCACCUAAGCAACAAACUUCCUCUUCUGAGCGGAGUGGUAUCAUCUGUGGACAGCAGCGAUGAAACUCUGAAUAAUUCCCACCACAGUCCUGCGACAAGUCACAUGGCACAAGCUAUGGAUGUUGAUGGUUUGAAUGAAUCCAGCAGCAAACAAGGUUAUACCCAAGAAACAAAACGCCUGAAGCGUGCUCCUAUGCAGGACUCUCUUGGUCCAGAAAUGGAAUACCGGUUCAUUGAUAAAGUAUUAUCAACUUGUAGGGAUGUGGACCAAGCCAGGUUUGCUACUGCUUAUAGGAAAUGGUUACUUACUUUUUUAGGUCAGUGAAGGAAGAGUUUAAAGCCUUCAGGGUUCUUCUUUUAGUGCAAUAUUCUCUUUUCAGACACAGAUGCAUGUCUUGUUUGCAAGUGUUAGCUAACCAUGUGUUUCUCACUCUUUUAAUGGUCAGUCCUAAAGCUCAUAUUCAGAGUAGAAGUCUGUCACUUUAUUUAUUAAAGAACUGGCAUAGCUUUUUAUUUUUAUUAAGCAAAUGCAGUUUGUUCUUUAAUCUUUUUAAGAAAUCACUCUGUGUCAGCUUCCUACCAUGCCAUUUUCUGAUUUUUUUUACCUUCUGCAUUAAGGUGGACUCUAAAUCAUUCGGCUUUAAAAAAAAAAAAAAAAGAAAAAAAAGAAAAAGUCUGAAAUGCUUUUGAAAAGAGUGUCUGGAAGAAGAAUAGGAGGAUCUGUCAGUAUCAGCUAAACCUGUUUCCAGGUUGUUCCUCUUUACUGUAGUGGCAUCCUGCUAAUACCUUACUGGAUUGAGACUAUAUUCGGUGAGUGCUAUUACUUUUGUAUUAGCAACCUUUGGUAGAACACCAGACUGCAGUGUUUCUUUCUCGAGGCUCCAAGUAACAGUAUUGGAGCCAUGCCUUUUACUGUUGUAACUGGGUUUUUGUUUGCGUAUUAGUUGUCACAUGAGUUUGAUAGGAAAGUCUAUGAAGUUGAAAUCCUGAAAAGAAGAUACAGGAAAAUGUGACAGAAAAUAGUUCACACACACACGUUCACACUCACGCUCACAGUCAGAGCUAUAUUUGGAAAUACUUUUCUUUGAACAGACUACUUUACCUUCAUUUCCUACUUGGUAUUUAUUUAUUUAUUUUAUCUCAACAAUCCAGAAUUAAUGACACUUGAUACACAUUUCUGAAUGUAUUGUGUACACUACAGAAUCUCAGCCUGAUAAAUCACACAUUGGUAACUUGUACUUAACCAAGACCAUGGAAAUCCAAUAGAUGAUGGAGUAAAAAGUAAUUCUUCUGACUGGUCAUUGAGACUAUACAAUUAAAAAAAAAAAAAAAGACAGCAGGAGGGAGCUAUCCCUUCACUUUUGUUCUUUUGUAGAGCUUCAGUCUCUGGGGUUUUUUUCUUUUGACUCUUCAUUAAGAGCACUUCUCCAACCAUACAUCUCUGUUUACAUAACUGUAAAUUUUAAGGGAAUUUGAAAUGCAUUUCUAGUCCAGUGAAAUUAAACAUGAGUGGUUUAUUUUGUCAUUUCCUUAGAACUUGUCUAUAUAAGGGAUUUUUUACACUAACAGAAUUGUGCUGGUCCAAAGACCCAGGGGAGAAAACAUUGUAUAACUGUAGAAGUUUGUACAAUGGCAACAUUGCCUCUGUUCCAAACAGACUAUUCACUGAGGGGAUAAGAUUUUCAAGCUAGAAUCUUCGCCAAAAUUGCUGUAUAUUUCUCCUGCCCAAAGUGCCUCCUGACUGUGAUAAGUUUCAAGCUGCUGUUUCUGUUGGGCAGAGAGAGCAACAAUGCGGGAGGAAAAAAACCAGGUAGCCUGCUCAAAAGGUAUCACUUGGAAAGAAAAAAGGCACUUGAAACACGUGGAAUUCCAACAGUUCUAAAUAAUUUGAUAGAUGGGGGUUACUCUUGCAUUUCAAAAUGAAAAUAGACUACCUCUAGUCUUAGCAAGUAUGUUCGUAGCUACUCUGUGCCUGAAAUGAGUUAACAGAGACAUUUCUAAAUGUACACUCUUCUGUUUACAUUACCUAGAUAAGACUGACCUAGGCUUGAGCAUCUCCAUGGCAAAGCUUUGUCUCAGUGGGCAUCCACACCUGCCUCUGUAUAGCUAGGCACACAUUACAUGGCCAUUUGUUUUGAGGUGCUCUGGAAUGCUGUCUUGGUUGAUGGUUUUAGUUGCAGAAGAACGUAAUCUAUGUGUGAAGGAGGUGUGGGAAUGUCUUGAGAGGAUAAUGUUGUCAUAUGAUGUUGUCUCUAUGACCACUGACAAAUGGGUAGGUUCAGGUACAAACUGGAGUCUGAACUUAAGAACUUGACUUGAGCAAGAACUUUUACCCAUCCCAGAGGACCUGAUGUUUUUUGAGUGUGAAAGAUACAUUAAAGCAUAUGUAGUAGCCUGGGUCAGCGUGAUUAACAGUAUCCCUUUAAUGGUUAGUAUGAACCUGGAAAGUGUGAAGUCAGCUGGCAAUGUAUUAAGGAUCACAUUCUUUGUCCUAGAUUACUUUGACAGUAAGUAACGUAGUUGUGUGUUCUGUUUACCUUGGCAAAAAUUACCUGUUUAUGAGAAAAAUAUUAGUGGCAGGAGCAGACUGGGAAGUGGGAGCAUGAUAAAUAUUUCUUGAACCGUGGAAGGGAAGACAUGCUCUCUUCUUGCACUGGAAUGAUUGAGAGUUUUAGAGGAAAAGAUUUAUAUUAGAAUCUGACUUGAAACCCACUAUAUAUUUCUUCCAGACUAUAAUCUGGAGUCUUAGUUGGCUUUCUUAGAGCUGUAUCGUGGAAGUACUGUGCUGUUGAAUUUGACAAUCUUUCCAUCAUAAACACUUAAGAUCAAACAGCUGCCCUCAAACACAUGUGUGCAGUUCCUAUUCAUGCCAGCACGAGUUAUGCAUGCUUGCAGGAAGACAAGAUUUGGUCCUGUGUAACUGAACAGAGUUGCAUUGUAUUUUCAUACUUGGAAAAUAUUCUGAGAGCUCUGAUUAGAGAUAGUGCUGAUAUUUUUACUACUUUUACAAAACACUGAUGGCUGUAGUAUGACUCUUAAGUGUGGGUUUUUAAAGCCUACACCUGAUGGAAAUGCUCCCCACCCCUUUUUUUUAAUCUAGUGAGAAUAGUUACAUUUAGAAAUGUUUGCAGACCAGACUCUGCCACACAGAAAACUAAACAAUAAAAGUGAAAUUGAAACAAGUCAUAUCUUCCCCCUUUGAAAGAAAUGCGAACAAUAAGCUGUCAAAAUUGAGCUUUAAUUUUUUCAUGGUAACAAUAUAAAUCGUAUGAAAGAAGAAAAUAUAUAACUAAAUCACUUCAUGCUGUCUAUGUCCUGAAGCCUCUUACAUGAAAUGAUUGAAGAGAUACUUCCAACAAAUUGAAUUAAGCUCACAACUGUGUGAUGUUCUGGAACUAUGAUCUUUGGAACAUCCCUGUCUAACCAUUCAGUAUUAUUGCAGAGUCCCAUUUGGGCACUGCUUGAAAAAAAGAAAAGUGGCUUCAGGCCAUUGGUAGUUAACAUGCAUAAAGGCUACCAAGUACAGCUACUUUAAGUAAUGUAUUUUAGUUGUUUUGUGUUUUAGAGGUCAGAGAAUUAUAAUGUAGUCAAUAAACAUUCUUGCGGAGAAUAUGUCCAACAGAAGCUGCAGAAUAUAAGGCUCUCACUCUCUGAAGUUCCUUCAAAUAUAAAAUCAAACUUGUACAUCUGUAAACGUCUUCAUAUAAAAUUGAGAAUCUUUACUGAUUUUAUCUUCUGCUGUAGUAUGUGUCAUUUGAAUUGACGCAGAUUCUUUUUGUUCACUGGAUUAGUCUUUGUAGAAAUUACUUUGUGCUAGAAACAAAGGGUUUUGAGGAACAAAUGUAAUUUGAAACUACAGAAAUUAGAAUAGAAGGAAUCACAUUUUUAAGGGGUCGAAUUCUCUGCUGCUAAACACAUUAACUGUUAUUUCAUUGGCAUUUGGUUUAUCUUGUAUGUUAGUCACUGGAGCAACACAUGCAGCAUUAAAGAUAGCUACAAUAACAAACUUGUAUAAAGUUAUUAUUGGAACGCAUUGCCAUAGCUGCUCUGGUUAAUAAUUGUUAAUCUACUCAUGCCUGCAAAUUAGUGUUUUGUUGACUUCUUGCAUAUUCUUUAUAUAAUCAAAUCCUUGUGUCAUUUAAAUAGGGGGGAAAGUAAAUUGUCAGUUUAUACUGUUUGAUUAAUUACCUUAUAUAGAACUCGUUUUAAGACAAAUAAGCAAAGUGGUAAUACAGUGAGAAAGCUUAGAUUCUGUCUUAUAAUCAAAAUUUCUGGCAUUUCCAUUUUUGUGUUAGUGCUGCUUGAUUAGAAUGUGUAGCUAGUCUUUAUGGACAGGGGUGAGUUUUUUCCUAAGUAGAUAAUUAAUGAAUUUUUAAAACAGUACUGUAUAAUAUUGAUGAGCAGAAACGAAGCGUUUUAGAAAGGCUUGUCUGCAUAGCCAGACUCAACAAGCAUACUUUUUCAGAAUAACAUGUAAUACAAUGAACAAAACGUGACUACCAGAGAAAAAUUUAAGUGGUGAGUCUUCAGAGACUUGAUGAUUGAAUUUUUGGACAAGGUCGUUCGCUUAGUUUUGUUUUGCCUUCUGUGAGGGAAGAAUGUUCCUUAAUUUUUUUAAUUUUGUACGAAGUGAACCGUUGCACUUACAUUGUGGGGAAAAACCCCCACAACUCCUGAGUUGUAUCUUCUAGAGCAAUUCUGGAAAAAGAAGCCGUGAAGUGAAAUGUAGAUGUGACUUUUAAAUGCAUGUUUGUGCUGUACUCACUUUACAAUUAGAGGUCUUUACAAUUAGAUCUUACUGUUUUAUUGACAUCAGAUACAAAGGAAAGAGGGUAACUCACCUAUUCUCAAAUGCACUUGACAUUCAAGUUAGUUUCAAAGGAAGUUCAGUGUCCCUGUCUAAGAUAAUUUUCCUUCUUUUUUUCCCAUGUGCUCAGAGGUGUGUUUCCUUCCCAACCUCUUCUCUGUUCUUCCAACCAGCAAAGAAGAAUGUAGCAAAGCAUUGGUGAGGUGGCCUCAUUUCGUGUUUAGGUAACUGACUACCUCCCAAAAAGUGCUCUGAUCGAUGUCCUUAAGUGGAGUUCAUCAGGCUCAGUUUUUUUGGAACCUCAUACUAGGCCUACAUCCUCUUUCAGAGGUGAAAAGCAAGAGCUUUAUCUAUGAAGCCAUCUAGUUUACCCAGGAGAGUUUAAAGGAGAAAAGAAGAAAAAAAAAACAAAACCAAACUUGUAGUUAAAGUUGGGAAAACUAGAAUUAGCAUAAACUUUCCGUAGUCUUUUCCUCUGAAGAAGCAAUGUAUUGCUGAAAAAUGGAGGAAAUAUGUGCUUCCAAGAAAUUCCUUGUAGACAGUUCAUGCUUUUGAAUUAUAGACCUGACACUUUGUAUAGUGGCUUUUACUUAGCGUGUAAUGUUACUUCUCAGGGCAUAGUCUAUUGUAGUGAACUAGGGUACGUUUUUACAGUUUAUAAUUACUGAU